UUCCAACUUAAUGAAAUGAAUUUCAUUCCAUUGUGGUUAUGUUCCUUUAAAUGUUUUUGAAUUGCACUGCCUCGUUUCACUUGACUGCAUGCAACAUAUCAUUAUCAGUUUAGCAUUGCUGUUUAGAAAUUAGAGUAUGGCCCACAAACCCCUCAAGAACUACUUGGCGUGCGUUGCCAUAGACAUUGGUACAACUGGGACGGGAUAUGCCUUCUCAACGUUAGAGAAAUUCCGGAUAAACCAGCUUGAUGUGACGCUCAACGACCCCUGGACCGAGGAGUUCCGAGGGCUACUGGCCCUCAAAGCGCCGACAUGUAUCCUGUUCGAUCCUACGAUGAAGUUCCACGCCUUCGGCUACGAGGCAGAGAACAAGUACACAGAUUUGGCGACCAAGGAUGCACACGGGGACUGGUACUACUUUGAGAGGUUCAAAUUACACCUCUUCAAAACUGAGAUCGCCAUGGACCUUCAGAUUGAGGAUGCUAUUGGCAAAAAAGUCUCGGCGCUUCUGGUAGUGACGGAGGCCAUUAAAUACAUCAGAGAGCGCGCCUUAGCUUGCCUGGCCCGCCACCAGCCCCAGAUGAGGGAGCAUCAAGUCCAGUGGGUUCUCACCGUGCCCAGCAUCUGGAAACAGUCGGCAACAACUUUCAUGCAGGCGGCUGCCACUAAGGCACGGAUAAAGAGUUCAAACUUGAUCAUCGCCAACGAAUCGAACGCAGCCUCAGUCUUCUGUCUGUUUGACAGGUCGGAGAGGGGUAACAUCCGGGGCUUGGACACCCAGCCAGUAGGAACCAAGUACAUGGUGGUAGAUAUUGGAGGGGGAACAACUGAUAUCACAGUUCACGAGAGAGUAUCAAAAAUGGAGAUAAGGGAAGCCUACGAACCAUCGGGGCUAUCACUAGGGGGCGUAGCUGUCGAUGAAGCUUUCGUCACAUUCAUGACUGAAUUGUUAGGGGAGGGAACCAUGAAUCGCUUUAGAGUUCAGGCAUGCAACGAAUUCGUAAAAUGGAUUAAAGAAUUUGAAAGGUUAAAGCAAGAUGUCCCUGCAAUAGAUAAGAAAGCAAAACAGGCUUUCCUAAUCCACAUACCGAACCGACUGAACGAGAUUUAUAAAUCCCUAAAUGACAAAACAAUCUCCGAACUGACAAAAAGCGGAAAAUUCAAAUACAAGGGCAAAAUUAAAAUAACAGACGGUAAAAUGCAAUUUGAAAUGAAUAUCAUACAAGAUGUUUUCAAGACCGUUACAGACAAAAUAUCGGAUCAUUUGACUACGUUACUCAAACUCGACGAGCUCUCAUCAGUUUUGAUGCUGAUUUUUGUUGGCGGAACAGUGGAAUCAAAACUUGUUCAGCAAACGAUGAUCCAAAAAUACCAGAACUCAAAACGCUGUGUUCUGUAUCCAAACGAACCUGGCACAGUUGUCUUGAAAGGGGCGGUAAUCCUUGGUCAUGUGGCUAACGUGGUGGACCAGCGGUUGUUACGUCACACGUACGGAUCAGGGAUCAAAGUCCCAUUCAAGGAAGGCGUUCACCCAGAGAAGCUAAAAAUAGAAAGCGCUGGCGGAGUCUGGUGUCGCGGCGUGUUCAAACCUUUCAUGAUGGCGGGAACCCCGGUCAAGGUCGGGACGACGCUUCGAAACGAAAUCGAAGCCGUUAAUUACGAAGAUUCCGUAUUUGCCGUCUAUAAGACUGACAAGAGAGGAGCGGAAUACAUCACAGAUGACACGUGCCAACAAGUUUGUAAGGUUUGGAUGAACAAUGUUCUCCCCGCGAAAUCGAAGAAGCCCCAGACCUAUGUAGUGAAGUACACAUUCUCCGAGAACGAACUGAUAAUCGAACUCACCCUUAAAGAAACAAAAAACAAGUACGUAAUCACUAGUGAGCUCGAAUUUGAGGGGAUGUUUUGAAGAUUUCUCCUGAAAUAAGCUUAAGAAUUUAAUUACCAGUGAUACCGAACCUCAUGGACGGUUCUGAACUUUCUGUGAAUUUUAAAAAGAAACUGCACACACAAAGGAUUAAUUAAUGUUGAUGUCUUUAAUUUAAAAUUCAAAAAAUUUGUUAACAAACUCACUAAUAGUUUUAAAAAUCUAUUCAAAACACUUUAAUUUCUCUUCUGUUAUGUUAUGACGAAAAAUUGAAUGAAUGUACGAACGCUGAGGAAAUAUAAGCCUAGAAUACAAGCUUUAUUUCACCUUGA